UCUACAGAAUGUAUGUUUCUGUAUGUUUCACUGUUCCGCCACUGAAAUAAAUACAAUAUUACAUUAAUGUUAAAUUCUCUCUCCUCCUAAAGCAGAAAAUACAUUACUCGUACAUUAACAGUCCGCCACCGCGGAACCUUUCGUAGUUACUCUCCUUUACCACCGCCCGGACGUUAAUUCGAAACGGACCAAAACAUCCCGGAGCUUGGUAGACGUGGCUGUGGUUGCAGACAAUGGCUGAUCUUAAAAGCGAAAUUCAUGUUGACAACUCUAUUUCCUCUCAGAAUGCAAAUGUACCUCCUCAACCUAAUAAUCCGCUGUCACGAAAGCUUAACAAAAUACUGGAGACGAGGCUCGACAAUGACAAGGAGAUGCUGGAAGCUCUGAAGGCUUUAUCAGUCUUCUUCACAGAAAACAGUUUACGUACCAGGAGAAAUCUUCGCGGUGACAUAGAGAGACGAAGCCUGGCGAUAAACGAGGAGUUUGCAACGAUAUUUAAAGAAGUAAAAGAGGAGCUUGAAAGUAUCAAUGAGGAUGUCCAGGCCAUGAGCUCAUGUUGUGAAGAAAUGACCAGUAGAUUGAAGGCUGCAAAGGAACAAACUCAAGAUCUCAUUGUUAAAACUAACAAACUACAGGGAGAAAAUCAUCGCCUGGAGGUGAGAGCUCAGGUCGCUCAGGCUUUUCUUGCAAAAUUCCAGUUAACUCCGGAGGAGACUGCAUCUCUGCGAGGGGCUCGGGACAAUCCCAUUACUGAGGACUUCUUCAAAGCUCUCAGUCGAGUGAAACAAAUCCAUGAAGAUGUCAAAAUCCUACUGAGGACCAAUCAGCAAACUGCAGGGUUAGAGAUCAUGGAGCAGAUGGCCGUGUUACAGGAGACAUCGUAUGAGCAGCUGUAUCGCUGGGCUCAGAAUGAAUGCAGAGCACUGAACCAGGAGACAUGUGAUAUCAGCCCUGUGCUCACUCAAGCCAUGGAGGCCCUACAGGACAGACCAGUCCUUUACAAGUACACUCUCGAUGAGUUUGGGACAGCACGCAGGUGUGCAGUGGUACGGGGCUUCAUUGAUGCCCUCACCCGCGGUGGACCAGGAGGAACUCCUAGACCUAUAGAGAUGCAUUCUCAUGACCCUCUUAGGUAUGUUGGAGAUAUGCUGGCCUGGUUGCACCAAGCCACCGCUUCAGAGAAAGAGCAUCUCGAAGCCCUGCUCAAACAUGUCACCGUUCAAGGUGUAGAGGAAAACAUGCAGGAAGUGAUUGGACACAUCACUGAAGGAGUCUGCAGGCCACUCAAAGUGCGGAUAGAACAGGUCAUCAUUGCAGAGCCAGGAGCGGUUCUACUUUAUAAACUGUCCAACCUGUUGAAGUUCUAUCACCAUACCAUCAGCGCUAUAAUUGGGACCAGUGUGGCUUCCUUCCUCAUCACUGUUGAGGAAAUGCACGUCCUCAGCAAAAAGAUGUUUUUCAAUAGUCUGAGUCUUCAUGCAAGCAAACUCAUGGACAAGGUUGAGCUUCCACCCGCAGACCUGGGACCUACAGCCUCCCUCACGCAGACACUGACCCUCCUCAGGGAGGUGCUGGCCUCCCAUGACUCCUCCGUAGUACCUCUGGAUGCUCGUCAGGCUGACUUUGCACAAGUUCUGUCUUGUAUCCUGGAUCCUCUGCUCCAGCUGUGUACAGUUUCUGCUAGCAACCUGGGCACGGCCGACAUGGCUACCUACAUGGUCAACUCCCUGUACGUGAUGAAAACGACACUAGCUCUCUUUGAGUUCACCGACAAGAGACUGGAGAUGCUGGAGUUCCAGAUCGAGGCUCACCUUGACACGCUGAUCAACGAGCAGGCGUCCUACGUGCUGACCAGAGCUGGACUGAGUUAUAUCUACAGCUGUGUCCAACACUACACUGCUGAACAGGGUCCACUGUCUCUCCUCCCCAGCAUGGACAGCUCUUCAGUCAAAGCAGCAAUGGUCCAGUUCGACCGGUACUUGUCUUCACCUGACACUCUGGUGAUGCCACAGCUUAACUUCCUGUUGAGCGCCGCCAUCAAGGAGCAGAUUUUUCGUCAGUCAACAGAGCUGGUGUGCCGAGCCUACAGAGAGGUUUACUCAGCGCUGACCAGUCCCACUAAUUCCUAUAAAGACCCAGAGAACCUGGUGCCAAGGUCUCCACAGCAGGUUCAGACGUUACUUUCCUGAGUGAGUCUGGGAAAGUCCCUGAUGAACCAAGACACGUGUUGACUUGCUUUGGUGAUUGAACGGGUUUUAUACAGUGGGAUUAAUAUAUAUGUAUAUAUAUUAAUAUAUAUAGGUUUUAUUGGGAUGGGGCAGAGGGGGGGUGUUAAAGCAGGGAAAUCUGGGAUGUGGGAGUCCAGGUUCCCAUCAGGAAGAAUGUUGUGUUUGUAUGUGUGAUCCUUCUACUUUCACUGCUGGAGGCAGCCAGCUUGUUAUUUUCUCUGUGAGUCACAUUAGUCUCUUGGUUUCACUUUUCACAUCACACACCCUGUGUAGUGUCCAUGACUGUAUAAAACCAUGUGUUUUUGUUUAAGUACAUUUGAAGUAAAUUAAAAAAAAGUAAAAAAAAAAAAAUUUCAGCUAUUCUUCCAAAACUUAAAU